AUGGGUGUUCCGUUUCUCUUUUCAUUUCUGUUGAGUGAAUGUCCAGAGAUGAUCAAGGAAAUCAUUCCAUCCUCAUCAGCAUCCUCUUCAUCCAAUACAACAAUGACUAUUGAUCAUCUCUAUCUUGAUAUGAAUGGAAUAAUACAUACCUUCAAGGACACUAAUUUACAAACUAAAUUAUUGGAACGUCUAGUAUCAUCGUCCUCUUCUUCAUCCUCUUCAUCUUCAUCAAAUAAUGAAGAAGUGGAAAUUCCGAUGACGAUGGAAAAAUUCAUCUUUUCCAUUCUGUUAUAUUUGGAGGAGGUAAUCUAUCGGUUUAGACCAUCCAAGACAUUGAUGUUUGCUCUCGAUGGAUCAGCACCAUGUGCCAAGAUUAAUCAGCAACGUGAGAGAAGAUGGGUUUCAUUCAAUAAUCACUCUGGCUUACCAAAGAGACAUCAUCAUCACCAUCAGCAUGGAAAUCAUCACGGAGAACAACAUGAUCUUCAUCACGGAGAGGAAAAUAGAAAGAAGAAGGAGGAUGAAUCAUUGUUUGAUUCAAUUUCCAUUACGAGUGGAACUAGUUUUAUGAAGGAAUUAUCUGAACAUUUGCAGUUUUUCAUCAAGAGGAAAUUACAAGAUGAUCCAAAUUGGAGAAAUAUUGAGAAUAUUAUCUUUUCAGAUUCGAGUGUGUUUGGUGAGGGAGAACACAAGAUUAUGAGUCAUAUUAGAAAAGUUCAACAAAUUCCAAAUAGAAAGAGUGAAAAAUUCAUGAUUUAUGGUAUGGAUAGUGAUUUGAUAUUACUUUCUCUAGUUACUCAUGAGGAGGAUAUUUAUGUGUUAAGAGAUUGGAUGCCUUCAGUGUCUGAUUCUUUUAAUCAAGUGUAUUCUAGAUGGAAAGUUAGAAGAAACUUUAAAAAGAAAUCAAAUUCUUCGAGUAGAACAGUUGACAAGGACAGAUUUGAUCACAAGUUUCAUUUGGUGGAAAUUUCUCUUGUUAGAAAAUUAAUUGAAAAAUAUAUGAGACAAGAUUUGAAUUCUAGUAUUGAAUUUGAUUUGAAUAGAGUGAUUGAUGAUUUCAUUCUCAUGUUGUUUGUUUGUGGAAAUGACUUUAUUUCUUCACUUCCAACUCUAGAUAUUGGAAAGGACGAAAAUGCACUUGGUUACCUCUUCAAAGUUUAUAGAACUCUAUUUUCAACUGUCUUUAAGGGAUGCUACAUUACCAACUCUUCAAAUCCUUCAGAACUCAUCAAUUUGGAAAGAUUAGAAACUUUCAUGCAAGUAAUUGGUCGUCUUGAGGUGAGAGUUCUCACAAACAGACUCAAGAAGGAGCUUCAAUUGAUCAAUGAGAAGAAAUCAAUAGAGGAGAGGACCAAAGCUAAAGAGCAGGCCAGUACCACCACAACAGCAAGUGAAGAAGAAAGCAAACCUAAAGCCGGUCACCAAAAUGAUAAUGAUCUCGAGGUUGUUAAAUCCGUUGUCAAUACUGAACAUUUUAAAAAUCUAUUGGCAAUGAUUGAUUUAGACAAGUCACUCGCUCUAAAUUCAGAUAUUGAAAUGAAGAGGUUCCUCAUGCUCUCUUCCAUCACUGCUAGCGUUUCAGGAAAAUUCACAAGUACCUAUAUUGCUAAGAGUAAUAUCGACUCUGAAAUAAUGUUCGACAUUCCAUUUAAACAACCUCUCAGUCUGUGCAGCUUACUAAUUCGUAUCAAUAAUUCUACACCAAAAGAUUUGGAAGGAAUUUCCAUCAAAUUAUUUAUUAAUCAAACUGUAGAUUUUGUUUCAAUAGACUCUCACAAGAUAAAUCAAGAAUUCAAAGGAAAAGAUUUAAUAGAAUCCAUUCAAGCAAGUGGAUGUGAACUCAAAUUGAAACUCAGUGCUUUCCAAAAUGUGAGCAAACUCUCAAUUAUUAUUGAGAAUCAAGUCAACACAUCCAUGCAAACCUCAGUAGAACAAUUAGUAGUAUUUGGAAAUGUAUCAACCAAGACUGGAAGCAAACUUGUAAAGGUUUCAAAGAAAAAUUACAAAAAGAAAGAUUACAAGCAAAAGACACAUAAUUUGAGCUUUGAAUUCCAUCAAGAGGAGGAAAGAGUCAAGAAAUUCAAAGUAUUGACAUCUAGCAUUUCACUCAAGAAAAAAGAAGGAAUGCCACCUCCACCCUAUGUUGAUAUGGAAAAGUGGAAAGUUAAUUAUUAUAGUAGAAAGCUCAAUAUCACUUAUGAUAGCUCCUCAAAAGGUGGAGGUCCUCAAGUGAGAGAACUUGUCAAGGAAUACCUCAAGGCAAUGUACUGGACCUUUUAUUAUUACUACUUUGGAGUGCCAUCUUGGGAAUAUUCCUAUAACUUCCAUUAUGCUCCUGCAGCUAGUGAUUUUGUAAAUUUGAAAGAACUCUUCACAGAAAUAACCUUCCACAAGGGACUUCCUCUGAAUCCAAUUGAAAGCUUACUUGCAGUGAUCCCACUCCACAAAAUCAAACUCGUGCACGAGUGUCUUCACACCGAUCAGGAAAAACAAGUUCUCUCCCAAUUGAUCUCAUCUCACACCUCGACAAUUUAUGAUUUGUACCAUAAGAAGAGUAAUCAUACGAUUGAGGAAGAUUUAGAUAUUGAUCCAAAUGAUGAAGGAUUGAAAAAUUCAUUGAAAGAUCCAUUCUAUCACUAUUCCAAGAUGGUUGUUCAUUUACCAUUUGUAAAUAUUGAAAAUCUUAGAAAGGCAUGUCAUUCUCUAUUGAUUUCACAACAAACAAGAAGAGAAAAUACGAAACAGCCAAAUAAUUUAUACUUUAAAUGGAUGUCAGAUUUGGAAAAGGGAAGAUUAGUCAAGUCAACUCUAUCAAUAUUACCAGAUAUUAUUGAUUCACAAGUGAACGUCGUUCUGGAACCUUUCGAAACUGACAAGAACGAAAUCAUCCAAAUUAAUAUUAACUAAAAUAGUAUCUUUACAUUUUUAAA